CCGGCUGGUUUAUAGAUCUCCUGACCAGACUGGAUCAUCAACAUCUCUCUCUAUCUCUCUCCUGUUUCUUCUGAAGUUCUAGCCCUAGCUAGUCAAGUAUCCCCAUUUGGAUCAUCCAAUGGCUGGUUGUCUAAAGUUUUCAAAAAAGGAAGGAAAGUCUGAUGAAUUUGAAGAAUGUUCAACAACACUAGAUGGAACAGUUGAUAAACAUGGAAAACCUGCCAUUCGAGACAGAACCGGUCAAUGGGUUGCCGGUUUUAUUAUCCUCUUGAAUCAAGGAUUGGCUACACUUGCUUUCUUUGGUGUUGGUGUGAAUUUGGUUUUGUUCUUGACAAGAGUUUUACAACAAGACAAUGCUGAGGCAGCAAACAAUGUCAGCAAAUGGACUGGAACUGUCUAUAUUUUCUCUCUUGUUGGUGCAUUUCUCAGUGAUUCCUAUUGGGGAAGAUACAAGACAUGUGCUGUCUUCCAACUAAUCUUUGUUCUUGGUUUGGCACUACUAUCGCUAGCAUCCAACUUGUUUUUGCUCAAACCGAAUGGUUGUGGAGAUCGAACUACCAAAUGCCAACCUCAUUCCGGUUGGGAAGUUUGGUUCUUCUAUAUCGCAAUCUAUUUGAUAGCACUUGGAAACGGAGGUUACCAACCGAACAUAGCUACAUUUGGUGCGGAUCAGUUUGAUGAAGAGGAUCCGAGGGAGGGUCUCUCGAAAGUUGCCUUCUUUAGUUAUUUUUAUUUGGCUUUGAACCUCGGUUCCUUAUUCUCCAACACGAUUUUGGGAUAUUUCGAGGAUGAGGGAUUGUGGGCUCUAGGAUUUUGGGCUUCAACAGCUUCUGCUUUUGCUGCGCUAGUUCUUUUUCUAUGUGGAACGUCCAGAUACAGGCACUUUAAGCCGAGUGGAAACCCUCUUUCACGGUUUAGCCAAGUGAUUGUAGCUGCUGUAAAGAAAUCAAGGGUUGAGAUGCCGUUGUCGGGUGAAGAGAACUUGUAUAAUGGAAGUAACAAGGAAAGUUAUGGUCGUAAAAUGCUUCACAGUCAUGGAUUCAAGUUUUUGGAUAGAGCUGCGUACAUCUCGUCGAGAGAUUCAGACGAUCAACAGAAGGGUGUCCAUAACCGAUGGCAACUAUGUCCGGUUUCACAAGUAGAAGAGGUGAAAUGCAUAUUAAGAUUACUACCAAUAUGGCUAUGCACCAUACUAUACUCGGUAGUCUUCACCCAAAUGGCUUCCCUCUUCGUCGAGCAAGGAGCCACCAUGAAUUGCAAGAUCUCAAACUUCCAAAUCCCUCCUGCAAGCAUGUCAAGUUUCGACAUCGUCAGUGUAGCUAUAUUCAUCUUCCUCUACAGGCGAGUCCUAGACCCCAUUGUGGCCCGAAUCAAGAAAACCAGCUCCAGAGGACUAACCGAGCUUCAAAGAAUGGGGGUUGGGUUAGUCAUCGCAAUCCUCGCAAUGCUAUCAGCAGGGAUCGUCGAGUGUUACAGGCUAAAGUACGCAAAAAAAGACUGCAUGCACUGCGAAGGGUCGAGUUCUUUGAGCGUGUUUUGGCAGGUGCCUCAGUACGCAUUGAUAGGAGCAUCGGAAGUGUUCAUGUACGUGGGUCAGCUAGAGUUCUUCAACGCUCAGGCUCCAGACGGGCUGAAGAGUUUCGGGAGUGCGUUGUGCAUGACUUCAAUUUCGUUGGGGAACUACGUAAGCAGUUUGUUGGUUACAAUGGUUGUGAAGAUCUCGACCGAAGAUCAUAUGCCAGGGUGGAUUCCGAGAAACCUGAACAAGGGUCAUUUAGAUAGAUUCUAUUUCCUAUUGGCUGGUUUGACUGCUAUUGAUUUGGUGGUGUAUGUUGCAUGUGCAAGGUGGUAUAAGAGCAUCAAAGUGGAAACCACAGCUGUUGGAGAUAAUCAAGAUGUUCAUGUUUGAAGAUCCAUCACUAAAUUAUGAAUAAGGAAGGAGAUGAGACAGUUUAGAUCUCUUUAUCAAAUCAUCUUUAUCUCUAUUGUAAUGUUUGUGAAGGUCACUCAACUAAUGUAAUAUAACUUGAUCAAGAUAACUUCUCCUUUUUCUUCAAGGCAGUUAAGAUCAUCUGUCUUAAAGCAGGGGUUGUUUGAACUUAAGAAUCAUCAAUCAAAAUAUCAGGUGGGUUA